AUGUUAUCAGUCAACCGGUGUGUUGGACUGGUAAUAAAAGUUGAGGCCCAAAGGGCCCCAAAUGGCGCAACGCAGUGUUAUCUCUACCAGGGAUAUCACCACGCGCAAUCUCUCUGCCUUAAGGACGAGAGAUGCGUGAGAUGUGGAGGCAACCACAGAGCGGCGCUGUGCAAAAGGCCGAAAACCGAGAAAGCCACUUGCGCAAAUUGCAAGGGGGACCAUCCUGCGAGUUAUCAAGGAUGUCCGAAAGCCCCGAAAAUGGGAGCCAGUAGGCCCCCUAAGACCGUACAACCUCGUACAUUUAAUUCAAAGCAAACGACGGCCGGUGUUAGCUAUUCGCAGCAAACAGCCGGAAAUUAUUAA